UCACGUAGUAUAAAACUGGUAAAAUGCUAAAUCUAUCUAUAAAAUCUUAUUAAAAAAAUAACAUUAUUGAACUUGCACCAAUAUAAAUCGAUUGAUUUUUUAUAAUUCAAGCGCCUGAUUGAAUCAAAUAUUUAAGUAGCAAAAUGUAGAUUUAGGCAUAUCAGUCGUGGACACAGAAAUAUUAUCUACAAAGUGAAGCAAGUUUUACUUUUAAUAAAAUGAAAUACUCGUGUAGGGACUGUGUAGUUAACUAAGAAAAUGUUCCCCAAUAUUGGUUGGCUAGUCUAAGAGUCGAGUCUGUAAAUGUUUGUAAGACGUUAAUUGUUAAAUUAAGUACCUAAGUACCUACCUAAUUAAAUUGCAUUGCAGGCUCUACUCGAAAUAAUUAGGUACAACAGUCUAAUCAACAUACAAAUUACAAUAGAGAAAUAUGUGUGGCAGAUGUGAAGCAAGAAAGAAACGUGGCGGUUCACGGUACUCACGGGGAUCCCAACAUGCUCCCGCCCAUCCACCGCCCCCGGUUUUCACACCCAUGCCGCCACAGAGAUCUAUGUUCAGAGAUGCGGCAUCUAUCGCUGGAGGUGUCACCGUCGGCACGACUAUGGGCCACUUGGCGGGCGAAGCUUUAACAAGCCUGUUCAGUGGUCGACGUAGAGAAGAAGUAGUGCACGCCCUGCCACGGGACUACCAGCUAGGAUCGGAACCAAGCGGCCCCUGCGCGUAUGAAAUAUCACAGUUUCUGCAUUGUGCAACUAAUAACGAAGACAUCACACAAUGCCAGGCAUACAAUGAAGCACUGAAACAAUGUAAACAACACUACCGAUUACCUUAGCCAUUGACCAAGAUAGUACAUAAUAACAAAAUUACAAAAACAAACCAAUCAGACCUCAAAAUGAACUUUUAAGAAACAAUAAACCUUUAUAAAUUA